AUGGCAGAACUGCAACCCACAUCACAACACCGGCGGACCGUGAUAUUUCUCCAUGGUCGCGACAGCAAUGCUUUAGAGUUCAGCGAGGAAUUCCUCGAAAGUCAAGCCUCAAACGAUCUUACCCUACCGGAAAUCUUCACGGACACAAAGUGGUUGUUCCCCACAGCGCUCAUGAUCACCUCAUCACGUUUCGGCUGUGAAAUGUCCCAAUGGUUCGACAUGCAUAGCACCGAGGAUCCGCAUGAUCGUGAGUACGAGCAAGACUUGAUUCCGGCGAUGGAGCAAAUACAAGAGAUCAUCGCUUUGGAAGCAGAGAUCGUUGGCGCUGGGAAUGUCGUCCUCGGCGGCAUCAGUCAAGGCUGCGCUGUGGCAAUCCACGCAUUGCUCCGUGCUCACCUACGCCUGGGUGGAUUCAUCGGCUUGUGCGGCUGGAUGCCGAGGCGCGAUGAAAUCACUACUAUGUCUACCGAAGAGGCGAAGAAGACACCUGGUUUGCUGUGUCAUGCGCAAGAUGACGAUGUGGUCAACGUGCGGUUUGGAGGAGAACUUCGGGACUUAUUGAUUGCGAUCGGCAUGAAGGUGCGAUGGCAGGAAUAUCCUGAUGGCGGUCAUUGGGUCAAUGAGCCACGGGGUGUGGAUGACAUGGUUUCGUUCUUGAAAUCUGUUUCAGGAUGA